AUGACAGCCACAACUUUAAAUGUAUCAACUGCCGUUACUAGUUCCAUGCCAAACCCAAGUCCCCUUUCUCUUUCGUCAUCAGUGAUAAAAUCUUUAGUUGUAGAUGAUAACAUAUUAACCGGAAAAAUCCUCACAAAAAUUUUGGAAAAGGAAUUUAAUCAUGAAGUGACGUGCGUUAUAAGUGGUAAUGAUGCUUUACAAAAAUUAUCCAAUGAGAAUUUUGAUCUUAUUUUCAUGGAUAUUGAUAUGCCUUUGCUAAAUGGCAUUGAAACUUGUAUUAAAAUUCGUAAUACUACAAUUGUUUUGGAAGAAAAUAGAAAUAUACCAAUUAUCGCUUAUACCACAAAUCAAUGGGAAGAAAGUUUUAACCAAGCUGGCAUGAAUGGAUACAUUGGUAAACCUGUAUCACCCGAAAAAGUUCAGGCCGAACUUGAAAGAAUUAAACUGGAACGAUUAUCAUACAUUAUGAAGAUUUAA